GCAGCCGCCGCCUGGGCCGCCCCGUGUCCCCGGUGGAGCCGCCGCCGCCGCCUCCGGGAGCUCGAUGCUGACGGAGCCCGGGCCGGGCCAUGGGGAUCCUCAGCAUCACGGACCAGCCGCCCCUGGUCCAGGCCAUCUUUAGCCGAGAUGUGGAGGAAGUGCGUUCCCUACUCUCGCAGAAGGAGAACAUCAAUGUGCUGGACCAAGAGAGGCGAACCCCAUUGCAUGCUGCUGCCUACGUAGGCGAUAUCCCCAUCCUCCAGUUGCUACUGAUGUCAGGUGCUAAUGUUAAUGCUAAGGACACACUGUGGCUGACCCCUCUUCAUCGUGCUGCUGCCUCCCGAAACGAGAAGGUGCUGGGGCUGCUGCUGGCACAUUCAGCAGAUGUGAAUGCCCGGGACAAGCUGUGGCAGACCCCACUGCAUGUGGCUGCCGCCAACCGGGCCACCAAGUGUGCUGAGGCUCUGGCACCCCUGUUGAGCAGUCUCAACGUGGCUGACAGGAGUGGGCGCAGUGCUCUGCACCAUGCAGUGCAUAGUGGGCAUCUCGAGAUGGUGAACCUGCUCCUUAACAAGGGAGCCAGCCUGAAUGUCUGUGACAAAAAGGAGCGGCAGCCUCUGCACUGGGCAGCUUUUCUAGGGCAUUUGGAAGUCCUGAAACUGCUGGUGGCACGGGGAGCAGACCUUGGCUGUAAGGACCGCAAGGGCUAUGGGCUGCUCCAUACAGCCGCUGCCAGUGGCCAGAUUGAAGUGGUGAAGUAUCUGCUCCGGAUGGGGGCUGAGAUUGAUGAGCCCAACGCUUUUGGAAACACAGCUUUGCACAUCGCCUGCUACCUGGGUCAGGAUGCUGUGGCUAUUGAGCUGGUGAAUGCAGGAGCCAACGUCAACCAGCCGAAUGACAAGGGUUUCACACCACUGCAUGUGGCUGCAGUCUCCACCAAUGGCGCUCUCUGCUUGGAGCUGUUGGUCAAUAAUGGGGCUGAUGUCAACUACCAGAGCAAAGAAGGGAAAAGUCCUCUGCACAUGGCUGCGAUCCAUGGCCGUUUCACACGUUCCCAGAUUCUCAUCCAAAAUGGCAGUGAGAUUGAUUGUGCCGACAAAUUUGGGAACACACCUCUGCAUGUGGCUGCUCGUUAUGGACAUGAGCUGCUCAUCAGCACCCUCAUGACCAAUGGCGCAGAUACCGCCCGGCGCGGCAUCCAUGACAUGUUCCCCCUGCACUUAGCUGUUCUCUUUGGAUUCUCAGACUGUUGUCGUAAGCUUCUUUCCUCAGGUCAGCUGUAUAGCAUUGUAUCUUCACUUAGCAAUGAGCACGUGCUUUCAGCUGGGUUUGACAUCAAUACACCUGACAACCUUGGCCGUACCUGUCUUCAUGCUGCUGCUUCUGGAGGGAAUGUUGAAUGUCUUAAUUUGCUGUUGAGCAGUGGAGCUGACUUGAGGAGGAGAGACAAAUUUGGAAGGACCCCACUGCACUAUGCAGCCGCCAAUGGAAGCUACCAAUGUGCAGUGACACUGGUGACUGCCGGGGCAGGUGUCAACGAGGCCGACUGUAAAGGCUGCUCUCCCCUCCACUAUGCUGCCGCCUCUGACACCUACAGGAGAGUGGAACCCCACAUAGCUUCCAGCCACGAUGCUGAAGAGGACGAGCCACUGAAGGAGUCUCGUAGAAAGGAGGCCUUCUUCUGUCUGGAGUUCUUACUGGAUAACGGUGCAGACCCUUCCCUGCGGGACAGGCAGGGCUACACAGCUGUGCACUAUGCAGCCGCCUACGGCAACAGACAGAACCUCGAACUGCUCUUAGAAAUGUCCUUUAACUGCCUGGAGGAUGUGGAGAGCACCGUCCCAGUCAGCCCUUUGCACUUAGCUGCCUACAACGGUCACUGUGAAGCCCUGAAGACGCUGGCCGAGACGCUGGUAAACCUGGAUGUAAGGGACCACAAGGGCCGGACCGCGCUCUUCCUGGCCACUGAGCGAGGCUCUACGGAGUGUGUGGAGGUGCUUACGGCCCAUGGUGCCUCUGCCCUCAUCAAGGAGCGCAAGCGCAAGUGGACGCCCCUGCACGCUGCUGCUGCCUCUGGCCACACUGAUUCCCUGCACUUGCUGAUUGACAGUGGGGAACGAGCUGACAUCACAGAUGUUAUGGACGCCUAUGGACAAACCCCACUGAUGCUGGCCAUCAUGAAUGGCCACGUGGACUGUGUACAUCUGCUGCUAGAGAAAGGAUCCACAGCUGAUGCUGCUGACCUCCGGGGCCGCACUGCCCUUCACCGUGGGGCAGUGACUGGAUGUGAGGACUGCCUGGCUGCCCUGCUGGACCACGACGCAUUUGUGCUAUGCCGAGACUUUAAGGGCCGCACACCCAUUCACCUGGCCUCAGCCUGUGGCCACACUGCAGUACUGCGGACCCUGCUGCAGGCUGCCCUUUCCACAGACCCCCUGGAUGCUGGGGUGGAUUACAGCGGAUACUCGCCCAUGCACUGGGCCUCCUACACUGGACAUGAAGAUUGUCUGGAAUUGUUACUUGAACACAGCCCAUUUUCAUACCUGGAAGGAAACCCCUUCACUCCUUUGCACUGUGCAGUAAUUAAUAACCAGGACAGCACCACAGAGAUGCUGUUGGGAGCUCUGGGUGCCAAGAUUGUGAACAGCCGAGAUGCCAAAGGACGGACCCCCCUUCACGCCGCUGCCUUCGCGGACAAUGUCUCUGGGCUCCGGAUGCUGCUGCAGCAUCAAGCCGAGGUGAACGCCACUGACCACACUGGCCGCACUGCGCUCAUGACGGCGGCUGAGAACGGGCAGACCGCUGCUGUGGAAUUUCUGCUAUAUCGAGGGAAGGCAGACCUUACUGUGCUGGAUGAGAACAAGAACACUGCCCUCCACUUGGCUUGUAGCAAGGGCCAUGAGAAAUGUGCCCUCAUGAUCCUGGCAGAAACCCAAGACCUUGGCCUUAUCAAUGCUACCAACAGUGCGCUGCAGAUGCCACUCCACAUUGCUGCCCGGAAUGGUCUAGCUUCUGUGGUGCAGGCCCUGCUGAGUCGUGGGGCCACAGUGCUGGCUGUGGAUGAAGAAGGUCACACCCCAGCACUGGCCUGCGCCCCCAACAAAGAUGUGGCAGACUGCCUGGCCUUGAUCCUUUCCACCAUGAAGCCUUUCCCACCCAAGGAUGCCGUCAGUCCUUUCAGCUUCAGCCUGCUCAAGAACUGUGGCAUUGCAGCCACCAAGACGGUGGGUGGCUGCGGUGCCCUGCCCCAUGGGGCCUCCUGCCCCUAUAGCCAGGAGCGGCAUGGCGCCAUUGGGUUAGAUGGCUGCUACUCUGAGUAGCCCCCCUCCAGUGUCCCUUUCCCUGCUGGUGGCUUGAUAUCUUAUUCUAUUUAUUUAGAAAAAGUCUAAACAUUUAGGGCACUUUAAAGGAGAACACGACUGGGCGGAGGGGGUGGAGGGGGUAGAAGAAGCACUGGGGAGCAGCUGCUCACCCCUUUGCCACACUAUCCGGGCCUGGCAGGGGUCUGGGACUGACAGGGGGCACCCCAGGCCCUUGAUACCCCCAGGGCAACCUCUUCUGCCAAGUGUCCCAAAAUAAUUGCUAAAUGCCUGGCUCCCCCUCUCUUUGACUCCAUCUCUCAGUUCCCCCUUUCUGCUGCCAGCUCCCCCAACUCUUUCCUCUGAUUCUCUCUGUGUCCCCCUUCCCUGUGCUCCUACUGCCAGGCAGACCCCCUCCUUUUCUUCCAUACCCAUCACUGCCUCCCUGCUCAGCUGGCCCCUCCAUCCCCGCAGCAGUGAGAAGCCUUAAUUUCUGGUACUGUGUGAGCACUCUGGGGGUGUCCCCCUCCCCCUUCAGGGGCAGCUAGAGGAUGAGGGGGGAGGGUAUUUAGCACUGGGGCCUGGAGCUUUCCCCCCACAUCUGUUCCCUGUCACCCCUAAAGUUCAAAUGCAAAACACUUGAAGCAGCAACUACUGUACCUGGGCCCCAAUCCUGCACUCUCCCCUGGUUCCUCAUAUGCAAAUCAAGGGCUGGUUCUGCCCCCACAGCCUGCCCCUUCCUCCUGCCCUCCCACUCAUGGCCUGGCCCCCUAACCACGCACUUUAACCUUGCUUCUUUCUUUAAACUUCUUUUGGGAGGGCAGAGCCUGUGGCCAUUCCUUCCCUGACUCUCCUCUCCCUGAACUUUGAGGCUUGUCAUGAAUUUUUAAGUAAGCAUUUUAUCCUUUAGGGGAAGAAACAUAUUAAUUUCCUGCCCAUUUCAAAACCAUAGCCCUAGUAUGUCCUAUGUUUCAGGCAUGUUUGCAUGUGUGUUGAGAGAAGGACUAUGUUCUUCCUCCUGUGCCCCCUGUCUGCCUCUACCUUCUGUUAUGUCCAAGAUUACCCACCACCCCCAGUCACUUCUGAUCUGAAGCCAAAGAUGGUGGGUGGGGCAGGGCAGACUAGGGACCAUGGCUACUUGGGACCCAGGCUUCCCCUUUGGUGUGAGGAUGAAGCUCUGAUCUAGGGAGCCAUGAAUAGAUACUGAGGCUUGGUCCCUGCCUUCCCAGCAUGGGGGAGAGAUGGGAUUGAGCUAGGGGCUACACUGGUAAGAUGCCUAAAAGAUGCACCCCUAAAGCCAAACUGGGCUGGAGUGAGGAGGGGGCAAUUUUCUCUCUAAAUGUAGCAUUGAAUUUGGCCCUGGUCCCUUCAAAUGCCCUGUCCAUCCAUCUCCUUGUAAGCCUCCCGGACAGUUGGACCCACUCCUGUUGCCCAGUGUUCCCUUCCUCAUAUUCAAUACCUCAGCCAGGGGCCAAGACACAGAACUUGAACAGAGGUCAUGCCCCUUCACCCCACAGUGCAUCCUCACCCAGUUUGGCUGCCAUCAGUAUUGUCCCCUGAGAACUGGACAGACUUCGUUUACACAGUACAGGGUCUCCCCUAGGGAUCCCUUAGCCUCCUUCCCCACCCCCCCAAAGUUUGCUUUAUUCAGUCUUACCCAUUUUCCAGUUGUGUCCCCUGAAUGUCUUGCCACCCUUGCCAAGUGGGCUGAGAAGAGAGGGGGUAUCCCAGGGAUCCCUCCCUUCUCAACAGAUAUCCUUAACCAUACCUCAUGCUUGUUCCCUGAAGGCUGGGGUGUUUUUCCAAUUCCUUAUUUUUUUCAUGGUCCCUUUUCACACGCCAUUUCUCUUUGUCUUGCUUCCCCCAACCCUAAGUUCCUAAACCAUUUCAAGGCUUCCAAAUGACCGUUAUUGGUGAGAAGGAUUGUGCAGCUUUUAGUUUUUAUUUUUGUUUUUAAAGCCAAAGGGCCUUGCAAUGCCCCUUUUGCCCACCUCCCUUCAGACCCUGUCCUCCCCUAGAUGACAAUCAAUGUGACCUCUCUUAAGGGCUGCAGCCCCCCACCCUCAACCCUGCUGGUUCUGCAAAGCUUGCCCCCUAAUAUCAGUUCUCUCUCAUAUAACUUCCCAUUUCUCCCCCCUCAUUUUGGUGCUGGGAAUUAGGUGGUGGGGGGCAAGGGGAGCAAGGAGAUGGGUCCUCCAGAGUAGACUCUCGGAGUAUCAGUCGUGUUCUCCUUUAUCAAUGAUUGGUGAUGACAGGAAGAAUUGAGUAUUUGUCAGGGGCCCCAUUGUUUUGCUAGAUGAGAUUUCUGGUGGCUGUUCCCUGUUGCCUCUUCAGCACAUCGUCAGCUGUGCUUGGGGGCGUUGCAUGGAGUCCUCUGUCCCUCCUCAUGGCUGUGAGGAGGCCUAGAGGAUGAGCAGCCUCCUCUCCUUAUGCCAAAGGAAAUCCCACACCCCACCCCAGGCUCCCCAGUCCCUAGUGUUUUUUUGAAGCAUUUUGACCAUUCUCAUGGCCACUGCAUAUUUAUUUUAAUGUUAUGAUUUUUUUUUAAAAAGACCUCUUUGGCUUAAACGGGUGUGGAGAAGUAAAACAGGCAGAAUGCACCCCCAGUCUUAAGGGGGUAGGGUGGGGAAGAAACAUCUUCUCUUCACCCUCCCUCUUCCCCUCCCCCCUCCCCACUGCAGCUCUAAAGCACUUGCUUCAAGUAAUAAGCACUUUUGUGAAAAGGCCUAUUUUAAGUGAGGACCCUGGGAGCAGCCCCAGGUCCCAGCAAAGGAGACAGAGCGAGGGCUACAUAGGAGAUAGGGAAACAGACGUGUGAAUCAGAGGGCGAGAUAAAAAGAGCCAGUUUUUAUUUCUGAUUUUUGGAGGAUGUUUCUGAUUGGGCGGUGGCUUUGGUAGGGUUGUGUACUAUCCUUCAGAAAAACAAAUGGCACAAACUGUGGGUCCCAGGAUGGAUCAACAGAGCCAGGUCACUGCCACUGUCCAACUGAGACUGAUGGGCCACCUCCCCCACUCCGUGGCCCCCUGAGCCAUAGGACUGCUGAAAACCACUGAAUGUACAGCCCAGGUUGGGGUGGGGAGCAGCCCCUGGGGGAGGGGGCUGCUCCUUUUGUUUGGUGCUGUGGGGGGUGGGAGAGAUGAAACCGAGGGACUGCCACCCCACGUAGAGGUGUUCCUUGGGGUGGUGGGGCUGAGGAGGGUCUACCUCCCUCUCCAACCCCAGCCAUGGCCCCUCUUCCUUCCUCACCCCUAUCCGUUUUGACUGUAAGUCCAGCUCACCUUUGCCUUCAAUAUGUAACCAAAGGAAAACUCAAUACUGUUUCCACCACUGUCUGCCCACCCAAGCACCUUCUUAACUCCCUGGACCUAGAAGGGGAGAAGAGG